UUCUCUCCUUUUCAUCUUCCAUCAAUUUUCGUCACCAUCUCAUUCUCAAGGUGCUGGCCGUUGCACCGACCGAAUACCAUCUCGUGCGAACCUCAUUUGCCCCCUAGCGAUCUGCCGGCGCACAGAUGUUCAAUUCUUCAUUCAAAAUCCUUUCUCUGUAUCUUCUCCACACUUUUGUAGGCGCCCAGCUCCACCAUCCUCGGCUCGCUUGGUUCCUGUCGGUUGCCCUCUCGAGUCUCGACAAACCGUCGCUCGCAUCCGUAGCACCGCAAUAUUUACAAAGUAGAUUGCCAUGCUCACUGUGCAUGCAAAAGUUUGGACUCUUCCGUGCUAUCCGGCCGACUGCCGUCUUAGGGCUUGGCAGUUGUAUUGCGCAGCAACACCAGCUACAGUGAUGUCGAUGUCGAUGCGAGAUACUGUCUACGGAAAGCAGCUAG